UGUCGUCAUGUGUCAGGUGAAUGAUUAUAUUUGUGGUGCAGUUCACACUGAGACGCCGUUACAACACGCGUCUACGAAACAAACAUGUCGAGGUGCAACGUGGAACGACUGUGUCGUAGUUGUGUUGGACAGCGUGUAGUCGUCCGUGGGUUCCCGACUUAAACGUAAUAACAGAAAUGACCAUUUGUACAAAUGUGUCGAGUCUUUCACAUUUAAACAUUUGUGGAAACCACGAUGAACAGGCCUAAAGUUACUCUGUUGAUUAUAAAAAGUUCAAACCUGGAAAGUUGUGAACACCUGUUUGAAGUUGUUUAUGGUGUUGUUUUUUUCAGCUGCAGUGACACUGGACGUGUUUCCCACUGGGACCGUCUGAAUUCCCAACAUGUGCCGACAUCAUCAGAAAGCUGAUUUAGAGACGAGACACACAGAGCCAACAGCAGAGAUCAUCAGAACCAGGGAAUGAACUGGUUCAGAAAAUGAAUGAAUGAAUGAACAACAACACGUCUUCUUUGAUUAUUUUUUUCUAUUUGAUAUGUGUUUUAUAUAAAUGACAUUAAGUACAAUGGUUGUUUCUAACGGUUUCUUUUUCUCUCUUUCAGGGUUAAAUUUCACGGCCGAACACAAACUCGUUCUGUUCGCCGUCACUUCUCUGUAUUACGUAAUCAUCUGGUUUGUAAACGUGGCUCUCAUUUUAACCAUCGUAACAGACCGAACUCUUCACGACCCCAUGUACGUAUUCCUGUGCAGUAUGUGCGUGAGCGGACUCUACGGGACUUCAGGCUUUUACCCCAAAUUUCUCAAAGACCUGCUGUCGCCCGCUCACGUGGCCUCGUACACGGAGUGUUUUCUGCAGAGUUUUGUGAUUUACUCCUCACACCCAUGUGACCUUUCGACCCUAACCCUCAUGGCCUUUGACAGAUAUGUUGCGAUUUGUCUCCCGCUGAGGUACCACUCUGUGAUGACUAAACAAAGAGUCGCUCUCUUCGUGGUCUUCUCGUGGCUGUUACCACUUUUCUGCAUGUUUGUUAACACGGUGACUGUUCUUCAAUCUGACUUAUGCGGCUCAAACAUCCCUAAACUCUACUGUUCUAAUUAUUUUAUCAGUAAACUGGCCUGCACACCGUCUGUCGCCAACACAGGUGUUUCUUUUUUCAACAUCGUCUUUUACAUUCUUCAUUUGGUCUUUAUUCUUUGUUCUUACAUCCCUCUGCUGAGAACGUGUCGAAGGUCAAACGAGGGCUGGAAUAAAUUUGUACAAACUUGCGUCCCACAUUUGAUUGCUCUGCUUAAUUUUGGUGUUGCUACACUCUUUGAUUUGAUGUACAUGCGGUUUGGUUCACUUAGUUUAACUCAAAACCUGCAGAACUUCAUGUCAAUAGAAGUGUUUCUUAUUCCUCCGAUUAUGAAUCCUCUGAUAUACGGCUUAAAACUCAGCAAACUUCAGAAUAAAGUUCAUGAAUUUAUUCAUAAAAAAUAACACCAAUGAUCAUGUUGACAAAUCU